UCCUACCAGGGCACGGUUCCAACUUUAGUGGUUGGCGACCCCGACAUCUUGCGUGAGAUCCGGGUGACGAAAUUCAAAAACUUUUCGGACAAAUCGCUAUCUCAGACAGCGGGAAGUGAUGUCUGGAGGAAGUCUAUUCUGAGCCUUUCUGGUGAUGAAUGGAAGAAAGCGCGAGCAAUCUUCACGCCCGCCCUUAGCCCAGCAAGGUUGAAGACGAUUUUUGCCAAGAUAAAACCCAUUGCUGCAAGGAUGGCAUCGCGAGUCGUGGAUGCGGCUGUGAAAAAGAAGCCAGUGAACUUAUGCGGGCUAGCCAACAACACGUCUCUGGACAUCACAGCUGCCCUAACUACAGUGUCGACAUGGACAGCGAGAUUGACCGAGACCAUCCUCUCAUGAAAUGUCUUGAUGCUAUCUACAUGGUUCGUGGAGGCUGGAGAGUAGUGAUGAUGUAUCUCAUGCCGACGUUGUAUAAGGCUCUGCAACCCGAUUUCCCUCCGAAGUCAAGCACCGAUGUAUUCAAGGCAUUCGUGUCUCACCUAAUUGAAGAGAGGAAAGCGAAAAACAUGGAAAAAGAUGACUUUCUUCAGGUGUUUAUGAAUGCUGACUACAACUGGGAACACGACUCAGACGAAAAACCUGACAGCUAUGAGAUAAAAAAAAUGACACUGGAAGAAAUAACAGCCCAGGGUGUAGUGUUCUUCAUUGCUGGAGUAGAGAGCGUCUCGAUUGCCCUCACCGUUACCGCUUAUUACAUGGCGCUUAAUCGUGACUCUCAAGACAGAGUCAUCGCAGAGGUCGACAAGGCCCUCGCAAAGGGUGAACUCACGUAUGAUUCCCUACAAGAGAUGCAGUAUCUUGAUGCUUGUAUCAAGGAGGCCAUGAGACUUUGCACUCCUGAUUCAAUAAGCUUCAGAGUCUGUACGGAGGAAACUAUGGUGGCGGGCAUUCACUUCAAGCCAGGCAUGUGCGUCGACAUUCCUUUGGCCGGAAUCCACCAUGAUCCGGAAUAUUUUCCUGAACCAGAGAACUUCAAUCCUGAGAGGUUCAUGCCGGAAAACAAAGAUGCCGUAAGACCAUUCACUUACAUGCCUUUCGGGGAAGGACCUCGUAACUGCGUCGGGAUGCGCCUCGGCCUGCUUCAGAUUAAGACAACUCUCGCUUGCCUGCUUCAGUACGUACGGUUCGAGACUUUCCCUGAAACAAUGAUUCCUCUGAAGUUCAAGCCGAGGCAACUUCUUCCUCACUUCGACGGCCCAUUGCUUCUUCAGGCAAUACCCCGUUGGGAUUUUGAAAACAACGUUUCUUAACGAAGAUCUCUUUUACGUAAUGUGCGAUUCUAAAAAAAAUACGGCUGAAUAAUAAAUAAAAUCAAUAAAGUAUUCCAACAAGAAUAAAAAAACAAUGCUUUGAAGCGAGAAGAUAUUUUUUUAGGCCACCGUUGAUAUUCCCUAAACUAAGACCGGAAAUAAAAUACUUCAUAAGUUUUAUAGAA